UUUCAGGCUUUCGCCAACUUUUCCACCCACAGCUUUACGCUGUACCUAAACGAGAAAGAUGAUGUUCGAAUAUGAAGAAGAUGAAGAUCCCAUGGAACAACAAAAACAUGAAGAAUUCAAACAUCAUUCAACGGAUCACUCUGGCAGUCCUCAGGAGAAUCCGUUCCGUUUCUCGUAUGACACUGGGAAACGAGCUGCGUCGAUGUUCGUCACGCCGUCGUCUGAAGAUCUUAUUGCGUACGGAACCAAACAUCUGCUCGACUCGCCAACCGCUGUACAGCGUUCAUUGGUUCUGAAUGCAACAACAUCGUUGAACAUUGACUGUGACUUGUCAUCUGAUGAUGAUCUUAGCCCAACAACUCAACGCAAGAUUUGUUUCUGCGCCAGCCAGAAUCCAGCGGAAACUCAAGAACAAGGCCUCCGUCCAGCAAAGUCGACAUUGGCCAUCUCGUUCCCGUGUCACCAGCACCAAAUCACCGAGGACUAUACCAUUUCUGCCGAAAUUAUUGGAAUCGGCGAAUCGGGAAAGGUGAUGGCGUGCUACCAGAAGGUUACCGGUGAAAAGUUUGCACUUAAAGUGCUGAGAGAUAGUCAGAAGGCUCGACGUGAAGUUGAGUUGCACUGGCUGACCAAUGCGCAUGAAAAUGUCGUUUCGAUUCUUGACAUUUAUGAAAACACUUUUGACAAUGUCAAAUGUCUUCUGAUGGUUGUUGAGUUUUUGGAAGGAGGUGAUUUGCUCAGUCAAUUCGAGAGUCAAGGAAGCAUUCCAUAUACUGAGAAGAAAGUUGGUGAAAUUAUCCGCCAAAUUGGUAAUGCUGUGAUGUACCUUCACGACAUGAAUAUUGCACAUCGGGAUAUCAAACUUGAAAACAUUUUGUGUAGUGGUACGGGUGACAAUUGUGUCUAUAAAUUGGGUGAUUACGGGUUUGCCAAGCGUCCAGAGAGAAAUGUCCUCAUGGAGUCGCCAUGUUGUACUCCGUUCUACGCACCUCCAGAAGUAUUGGGUCGUGAACGAUAUGACAAGUCGUGUGACAUGUGGUCUCUAGGAGUUGCUAUGUACAUAUUAUUAUGCGGAUAUCCGCCCUUCUACUCGAUGAAAGGUGUCGCUUUGUCUCCGGGCAUGCGAUCACGAAUUGCCAAUGCAUAUUAUGCGUUCCCACACGAGGAAUGGGAUUGUGUGUCAAAAGAUAGUAAGCGCCUAGAAACUACCGAAUUUCACGAUUUCAGCACACUAAGAAUCUGGUCGUGACUAACCGAAUUCAUUACGCUUCCGAUGACUAACUGAUAAUUGUUUUCAGCUAAGGAUGACAUUCGUUGUUUGUUGCGUACAAAUCCAAGUGAUCGUCUCACUAUUCAUGAGCUGAUGGCAACACCAUUGGUAACUGGAGAACCGAUUGUACCUGGAAAACACAUCACAACAGCUAUUGCCAUUCCUGGAGCUGAUGAGUCCGAGUGUGGAGGAGGAGUUUUCGAUGACGGAUUUAUUGUUGAAGAGGAAGAAACUCCUGAUACGGUUGCCGAAAUUCUUCCAGUCCCAAAAAGUGUCCGUUUCCUUCGAGACGGUGUCAAGGCUCCACGACUCCACAGUAUCCAAGAGGAAGUUGGUCGUGCCAUGGAAAUUAUGCGUAUGGGUACUGAUCAAGUCUACAUCAAGAAUCCAACUGCCUCAUGCAACAACUUGUUCGAGAGACGUCGCGCUGUUCAUUUGAGCAUUCCACGUGUUUACUGCUAAUCCAUAACCUACCUCAAAAUAUCUCAUUUAUAUCAAUUCCUGCCAUGCUAUAUAUUUGACUGACCAAUCGGUUAUAUACUUUUCGAUUAUUUCUUUACAUAAUUUUCUUGUAAAUAAUUUGUUUUCAUAUUAUAUGCACGUCGUAAAUGAAUCCCCUAUCACUA